AUGUUUGUGGGGACAUGGAAUGUUGGAGGGAAGUCGCCGCAUGAUGGCUUGAACUUGAAGGAUUGGCUCAAGUCACCUGCUCCUGCUGACAUCUAUGUUCUUGGGUUCCAAGAAAUUGUGCCGCUAAACGCGGGGAAUGUGCUAGGAGCGGAGGACAACGGGCCGGCUGCCAAGUGGCUGUCCCUGAUUCGCCAGGCAUUGAACGGCAACAGGUCAUCCCAAGCGGAGUUUUCGGAUUCUCCGCAGAGGGAGCUCCUGCAGAGUCUCAAACCGAGGCUCAGCUUCUCGGACUUGCUGUCUCUUGAAGAUGAGCUUGACCAAGAGAACUUCGAUAGGCUACUGAGUGGCAGCGAAGAAGGCUCACCUAGCCCGCCAAGCACGUCCGGGAGGCACAUGAGCCCGGUUCGCCGGCGUUAUUGCCUCGCCGCGAGCAAGCAGAUGGUGGGGAUAUUUUUGUGCGUGUGGGUUAGGGAAGAUCUAAGGAGCCACGUUAGCAAUUUGAAGGUGUCGUGCGUGGGGCGAGGAAUCAUGGGUUAUCUUGGAAAUAAGGGUUCAAUCUCCAUAAGUAUGACCUUGCACCAGACCACCUUCUGCUUUGUGUGUACACACUUGACCUCCGGGGAGAAAGAAGGCGACGAAGUGAAGAGGAACUCGGACGUGAUGGAGAUACUAAGGAAGACGAAGUUCUCUAAUUCCUCUCGACUACUAGGGCCAUCUUUUUCGCCUGAUAGCAUUCUUGAUCACGACAAAAUCAUUUGGCUAGGCGAUUUGAACUAUCGGCUAGCUUCAAGCUGCAGCGACAUGCACGAACUUCUCUGGAGGAACGAUUGGCAAGCACUUUUGGAGAAAGACCAGCUAAAAAUAGAACAAAGGGCAGGUAGAGUAUUCAAAGGGUGGGAAGAAGGGAAUAUAUAUUUCGCUCCGACGUACAAGUACCUCGUCAACUCCGACCAUUAUGCCGUUCAGAACUCCAAAUCUAAAGAAAAGCGUCGCACACCGGCCUGGUGUGACAGAAUAUUGUGGAGAGGCGAUGGGCUGAAGCAGAUAUGGUAUUUGAGAGGAGAGUCCAGAUUCUCGGACCACAGGCCUGUUUACUCGCUCUUCUCGGUCCAAGUGGACGUCCCGAACCGGCCCAACCGGCCCACUGUCGCCCCCACGGCCGGCCUGCUUCGGCCCCUGCCUGCUUCGUGCGUGGCCAAAGUACAAGCGGAAGAGAUGCUCCUCAUCACCAGAGCUCAGAGCUGCAUCUCUUCUGCUCCCAGAUUUUGAAAACCCUCCUUCUAAAACUCCCUUUGAAAAUCUUGGGAGACCGAAGGUUCUAGUCCAUUCCAACCGUGUCAACAGGCUCUUGAAUGAAUUGUAGUCUGUUAUCUGGGAAUCGGAUUACUUGUUUAUUUUCACGACCUUCAGAUCGGGUGAGACUCACUAUAUUCAAGGCCAGGAUUAGUGCAGGUCAGUGGACUAAAUCAAGUAACUUUCGUUGCAAGUUGGAGUGAUGGACACUAUCGGAAAACCAUGUGGCGGGUGUGUGAUAAGGUACAUAGUUCCAAUACAUAGCAAGGCAUUGAUUCAAUCUACCAUAUCAUCGGCAGAUUGGAAGUGUCUUACCACCCUAGCAGACUUGCUUGAUGAGGAAUUACAAAAAUGGUCAUGCGUUUCCAUCUUUUUUCAUUUGGUGAUGGAACCAGGAAGAACAGUUUUGGGUGAAGUGGUUAUUGAAGACUCGGAUUUUCGAGAGGAAUAUUUUGGAUUCAGACUGUAUAUACAAGUGUGCAAGAUGAUGAUUCAUUUGUUUUUACUGAAGAACAAGCAAGAAAGGAACUUCUUUUCCUUGACGCUAAGACAAGGACUUCAAUUUUGAAAUAUGUCCUCCUCAAUUUGUUAGGAAGCAGCGAAGGCUAGUUAUUGUGUUUUUCUAAUCCCCUUUUCUCAUAUACAUCUCAAUGUAAAGGAUUGUGGGCAGCUUUCUUUCUUGAGUUUUUUUAAGAGUUUGUGUAUAGGAAGAGGAAGUUCAUACAGCUGCCUGCAUAUGAUCAAUGCAGCAAGACUUAAUGCCAGAUCUGGUGAUCCUUCUAAGGAUAAUGAAUGAUAAUGAUUAGCACUA